GCCCAGCACACGCGAUGCACGUUUCGCUUACUCGUGCAAGAGGUGCGGAGGCAUGCAUGCAUGUUCUCCGCGCAGACUCCUCGGAGGUACCGUGUACGACGCAUUUGUCGGAUCAGAGAAUCCACCACGUAGCUUCGCCUUCAAGUUCUCGUGUGUUCUCCGUAGAAGCAAGUAUUUUGGCCAAGACGCGUAGUAAUAUUCACCCACUUCGAAACGACAGAUUGGGCUUGGAUUGGACUUCACGGGUAACAGUACUAGUAGUACUGUUAUAAGUCAUGGCAACCCUCAGGAAACAAUGGACUGCUGAUCGUCGCAAAGGCCUCUUCACUGUUUUCUAUAUAUGUAUUCAAAACUGGUGGAUGGAAGGAGUUGAC